GACACCUUUAAACUCAGCCCGGAAACACCCAAUCCCCCCCAAGGCUCCAACUCAAGAAGAAAAAAUCAAUUCUAGGCUUCAUAAACUCUCUCAUAUAUCUCCACGUGUCCCCUUCCAUCUCUCCAACAGUGACACCUGUCCCAAAAACCGCCAUUUUUACUUUACUUUUUCUUCUUCAAUCCUCUUCUCAAAUGAUCUCUCAAUUCUCCCCACAGUAAACCCUCACUUCGUCGUCUUCUUCUCAAAACCUCAGUUUCAAAAUCAAUGGCCGAACGAAACCCCAACCAUCAGCGGCCCUCCAGACCCAAUCCGCCUCUCAACGCCAACUCCUUUCUCCUUAAAUUCCAAGCCCACGCGCCCAACUCGGCCCAGCUCAUCGGCUUUCUAACGCUUUUCAUUUCCGGCUCUAUUCUCCUCCUUCUCACUGGCUUAACCGUCGCUGCCACCGUUCUGGGCCUCAUCUUAUUCGCACCUUUGCUCAUCAUUUCGAGUCCCAUCUGGGUCCCCAUAGGCACCUUUUUGUUCCUCACCGUUGCCGGGUUCUUGUCGAUCUGCGGAUUCGGUGUGGCCAUCGUGGCUGGGCUAUCGUGGAUGUACAGGUACUUCCGGGGACUCCAUCCACCCGGCUCGGACCGGGUCGACUAUGCGAGGAGCCGGAUUUAUGACACAGCGAGUCACGUGAAGGAUUACGCCAGAGAGUACGGCGGGUAUUUGCAGGGUAAAGUGAAGGAUGCAGCUCCCGGUGCAUGAGGGUUCAGAUGAUAAACGGUGGACCCACGGGCUCUGAACCGGCUUUUGUUAUUAUCAAUGAUAUUUUUAUUUUCUUGUUUUUUGGUUUUCGGGUGCAAUUAAAAAAAAAAAGAAUUUUGUAUGGAA